AUGCUGCUACAGUUGAAUUCGAAUCCUAAGGAAGCCUACUGGUUACGAGCUAUAAAUGGGAGUUCUGAGUUCACGCCACUGGUCAAGUCGACCCUCAAUAGGCUCACCAAUGGUGAGAAAGUCACCGAGCUGCUUCAACGAGAACUGAUAACAUAUGGACCGGUACUAGCAUGCUUUACACUACACGAAGACUUUCAACAUUACAAGUCAGGAAUUUACAAAACUGAGGAGUAUCGAUCACAGCAACUCUACGGGCACUGUGCAAAAUUGAUCGGAUGGGGAGAAGAAGACAAGAUCAAGUAUUGGCUCUAUGCCAACACGUGGGGUCGUGACUGGGGAGAAAAUGGUGCGUUAUUCAAUUUUUCGAUUUGA